ACUUAAAAUACCUUCUACUCCAGUUUUGAAAGGCAUAGAAAAGUUUCAGGCAUUCUAUCUUUGGUUGAAAUCAAGUUGGUUGUAGUUAUUUCACCAGUGUGCUUUUUAACAUAUAUAAGCAGAUGGUACGUGAACAGUACACUACAACAACACAAGGCACAAGCCUAGAGAGGCCAGAGAACCAGUAUGUCUACAAAAUUGGCAUUUAUGGCUGGAGGAAGCGCUGCCUCUACCUAUUUGUCCUUCUCCUGCUUAUCAUCUUAGUUGUGAAUUUUGCUCUGACAAUUUGGAUUCUUAAAGUCAUGUGGUUUUCUCCAACUGGAAUGGGGCACCUGCGUGUUACAAAAGAUGGUCUCCGUCUGGAAGGGGAGUCUGAAUUUUUAUUCCCUCUGUAUGCCAAAGAAAUUCAUUCCAGGCUGGAUUCAUCUCUGCUUCUACAAUCUACACAAAAUGUGACUGUCAAUGCUCGAAACUCUGAAGGAGAGGUCACAGGCAGAUUAAAAGUUGGUCCCAAAAUGGUAGAAGUCCACAGUCAGCAAUUCCAGAUCAACUCCAAGGAUGGCCGGCCUCUAUUUACAGUUGAUGAAAAGGAAGUUGUGGUUGGGACAGAUAAACUUCGAGUAACAGGACCUGAAGGAGCUCUUUUUGAGCACUCUGUAGAAACACCACUUGUCAGAGCAGACCCAUUUCAAGACCUCAGGCUGGAAUCUCCCACAAGGAGCUUAAGUAUGGAUGCACCAAGAGGGGUCCAUAUUAAAGCAAAUUCUGGGAAGAUUGAAGCUCUCUCUCAAAUGGAUAUCAAAUUACAUAGCAGUGAUGGGAUGCUUGUGUUGGAUGCUGCCACUGUGUGUCUACCUAAAUUGGUUCAGGGGACUCGGAGUCACCCUGGCAGCUCCCAGAGACUCUAUGAAAUCUGUGUAUGCCCAGAUGGAAAGCUUUACCUGUCAGUGGCUGGAGUGGGUUCUACUUGCCAAGAAAACAGUAGUGUCUGUCAGAAAAGCACCUGAACAUGCCAUCAAAUUGUCAAGGCACAUUUCAGUGAACUUGACAAUUCUCACUAAAUAAUUAAUCUUGAUCAUGAGAGCUGGAGUGUAUAUCUUACUUCUGGGACUGGAUGAAGGAAAUACACAUACACACACACACGCACACACACACACACACACCACGAACUUUUUAAACUGAACUCAGAAAAAUUGCCAGUGAAAAUGUUUGGAUGAAACUCUGUGUUCUGGAGGUGGCAUCAAGCCUUGCACUUUAGGCUGCAUUUAAAGGAAAUGAAGAGAAUUUGUUUGCAACACUGAACUGGUUAACUUCCAUCAGAAUGAAGAGUGAAUUGUAACUAUUUUCUCAUCCCCCCCAUACAUGUAAAUACACAAUGAAAUGUUA